CAUGACUUCACCACACAACGUACGCAGGAUGCCGGUUCACCGCGUAAAACAGUCCGAGCGCCGGCUCGCCAAGCUCAGUAAAAGGCGUGCCACAAGCGCGACGCCUUCACCUGUACGAAUACCCUCACCGCUGGCAUUGGAACUUGAGCACCAGGCUCGACUCACUGUGGACUUUGAGGACCCGCAAGAGUCGCAGGCAUUUCCGCUCUUUCGUUCGUCUACUUCCUGUGGUUCUCCUCACCAGGCAUCGAAACCGACGCGCCAGCAGCAACUCGAAGCUCAACUGCACAACAUCCUUCAAGAGUUGGACGAAACUUCAUCUGAGCCUCUCCCCGCGUAUUGUGAAAAUUCAGCGAUCCCACGCAGCUCCACGCCUACCGACUCUGCUCUUGUGACCAGCAAAGACGUCUUGCCGAAUACCGUCUCGGUGCACCAAAGCCAGACCUCGUCAAAGACGUAUCACGUUCCCAAUCCCCCUCCGCGCAUCUAUACGCAAGCCCCUAAACUCCAGUCUCGACUCAACACACUAGUUCGAAAGGCGAGUCAGCUCUGCCAGAUGUCCGAGACGGAGGUAUACAUGAUAGUUCGCUUUGGUGGGAGCUUCUACGUAUACAACUCAGUUGACUCGGCAUCAAGGUCUGCUCCACAACCGAAGGCCUACGAGCAGGUUGUUAACGUAGCCGUCGCGGCUAGUAGUAAUGGUCAAAUGGUAUGAUACUUUGUAGUGAGAAACCAACAUUGCAGGCGAAUCAUCUAUUAACUACAUAUAACGGUG